AUGGAGAUACAAAAUAGCACAGUGGUGAGAGAAUUCAUCCUCCUCGGGCUGACCCAGUCUCGAGAUAUUCAGCUCCUGGUCUUUGUGCUGAUCUUAAUUUUCUACCUCAUCAUCCUCCCUGGAAAUUUCCUCAUCAUCCUCACCAUCAGAUCAGACCCUGGCCUCACGGCCCCCCUCUACUUCUUUCUGGGCAACCUGGCCUUCCUGGAUGCAUCCUACUCCUUCAUUGUGGCGCCCAGGAUGCUGGCGGACUUCCUCUCUGAGGACAAGGUAACCUCCUACAGAGGCUGCAUCACUCAGCUCUUUCUCUUGCACUUCCUUGGAGGAGAGGAGGGUUUACUCCUUGUUGUGAUGGCCUUUGACCGCUAUGUCGCCAUCUGUAGGCCUUUACACUAUCCCACUGUCAUGAACACCAGAGCCUGCUAUGCCUUGCUGUUGGCUCUGUGGCUUGGCGGCUUUGUGCACUCCAUUAUCCAGGUGGCCCUCAUCCUCCGCUUGCCCUUUUGUGGCCCAAACCAACUGGAUAACUUCUUCUGUGAUGUGCCUCAGGUCAUCAAGCUGGCCUGCACGGACACCUUUGUGGUGGAGCUCCUGAUGGUCUUCAACAGCGGCCUGAUGACCCUCUUGUGCUUUAUGGGGCUUCUGGCUUCCUAUGUGGUCAUCCUUUGUCAUGUUCGUGGGUCUGCUUCUGAAGGGAAGAACAAGGCCCUGUCCACAUGUACCACUCACAUGAUUAUUAUACUUCUCAUGUUUGGACCUGCCAUCUUCAUCUACACUCGCCCCUUCAGGGCCUUACCAGCUGACAAGGUAGUUUCCUUUUUCCACACAGUGAUCUUUUCAUUGAUGAACCCACUGAUUUAUCCCCUUCACAACCAGGAAGUGAAAGCUUCCAUGAGGAGGUUAUUGAGUUGGAAUGCAGUCUGCUGA